UGUCCAUUCGCGGGCUUCAAUAUGAUUCCAGUGUGGCGCGCCCACUUUCCUUCUGCGGAUUGAAUUCACUCUGUUUUUCAUUCUCAUCUUAUACUGUGAUAGUCUUUCUCUAAAUAGGAUGCUUGUAACGUUCAUGUACUUUGGAGAUCCGUACAAAUGUGGAAAACGCGGUGUCUUACAGGCACACAUAGGGAAUCCAUGCAAUCCAGAAAUUUGACCAUAAUCUAUGUGCACAAUGGGAGUAUUAGCUCACUCUUGGGUGACCUAAAGGCAGGAUGGGCAACACUUUGAGGCUGUGACCACUUUGCCUCCCCAUGUGUACCAUGAACAGCACCGCCUGGCCUUUGGACCUGGCUGAGUUUGCGAAACCUCGGGGCUUCAACAGCUCCCAGGGCCAGUCUGCUUCUAUGAGCGGCUGGGCAUUAAUCCACACAGCUACCCUUGCCUCCUGUUCCCUCCUGUUGGUCCUCAUCUUUUGUCUCGGUUCUUAUGGAAACUUGGUGGUCUUCUUGUCCUUCUUCGACCCGGCGUUCCGCAAGUUCCGCACCAACUUCGACUUCAUGAUCCUCAACUUAUCCUUCUGUGACCUGUUCAUUUGCUGCGUCACUGCGCCCAUGUUUGCACUGGUUCUCUUUCUGGAUGCUGGAGAUGCAGGUAGCGGCGUGUCCAAGGGCUUCUGCUUUGCCUUCCACCUCACCAGCUCGGGCUUCAUCAUUAUGUCCCUCGAAACAGUGGCAGUGAUUGCCCUGCAUCGGCUCCGCAUGGUCCUGGGUCAGCAGCCCAACCGCACAGCCUCGUUCCCCUGUACUCUGGCCCUCACUGCAUUGUUAUGGACCACCAGUUUCACACUGGCGGCGUUGGUCACCUUACGAGCAUAUCCCAGGAGCUCCGGACCUUGCCUGCCGCACUUUGGUCUUACUGGCAACAAGGCCAAGGUAGUAUUGUACGUAUACAUUGCAGACUUUGCUUUCUGUGUAGGUGUGGUGUCCAUCUCAUACCUCAUGAUCGCUCAGGCGUUGAGGAAGAACGCUCAGGUUCGAAAGUGUCCCAUCAUUACGGUGGACGCGACACGUCCACCUACUCAUCCACAGCUAAUUGCCACUGGUUUCGAGGGCAUGCAAUGUACAGUGCAGGUGCCCUCGCUGUACCGCAACCAGACAUACAACAAGCUCCAACAUGUCCAGACGCACUCCUUUACCCGGAGAACCAACCAGCCCCUCGUGCCCGGGGCUGCCACUGGAGCAACUUGCUGCCAGUUGGUCUCCACAGUUAACCUGGCGACAGCCAAGGAUUCAAAGGCUGUGGUCACAUGCAUAGUGAUCGUCAUCUCUGUGUUGUUGUGCUGUUUACCGCUAGGUAUAUCUUUGGCACAGGAUAUGGUGUCACCGGAAAGCAGUUUUGUCCACUACCAGUUCGAGCUCUGUGGAUUCGCCCUCAUCUUCCUGAAGUCUGGAAUCAACCCGUUUGUGUAUUCACGCAACAGCGCGGGUCUGCGUCGCCGUGUGCUCUGCUGCCUCCAGUGGCUGACCUUGAGCUUCCUGUGCUGCAAGCACAAGACACGCCUACACGCUAUGGGCAAAGGAAGUCUGGAAGUCAACCGCAACAAGUCCUCGCACCACGAGACCAACUCGGCGUACAUGCUGUCGCCGAAGCCUCAGAGGAGGCUGGUGGACCAGGCUUGCGGACCCAGUCACUCCCGGGACAGCAUGCCUAGCCCCUGUGCCACUGCUGGACGCAAGCCCAGACCCCCGAGCACAUCUACACCCAUCAAUACGCGCAUAGAGCCCUACUACAGUAUCUAUAACAGCAGUCCAUCAGCAGGCCCGAAUUCCCCCAACAGCCUGCAGCCGGUCAACUCUCAAACCACAGCCUUUGCCAAAAACUACGUAGCUAUGCAUUACCACACCCACCAGGAGGUGCUGCAGGACUUCGACAGCACCUCAGCUCAUCACAUUCCCAUCCCCUCAGUCUGAGCUGUAGAACGUCAUGCAUUUAUAAUGUUUGCUCGUGAUUUGCUAAUGGUGUUUUGCUCAAGAGACAAUGUGUGAAAAUGGGACUAGCUAAUUGCCGCUUUCCCCUAAAGUGUUAUCAAUAUUUUCUGGACUGAAGGAUGUUCUAUUUUUACAUUUACAUGGCAUUUUCAUGUAAUAGUUUUGAGGCAGAUUAUGUAUUUGUGUAACAUCCUACAUUUUAUAUAUGAACUGAUUAAAUGUUUUGCAAGUGUA